AUGGUAUCAACGAUAAGGGAGAAAUUGCAGACAGCAGCAGAAGCAUUGCUCCAUCGGGCGCUAAUCACUACAGUCCCAGCCACCGAUCAAGGGAGACACAAGCCACCCAGACAAACCCAGGCAGGCAGUAGCCAAGCAGGAACCUCUGUGACACCAGGGCACACAAACACACAGGAACAGACACAGGACAUUCAGCAAGGGCUUUCAUAAUGGGAGGCAAGUUGAGCAAGAAGAAGAAGGGAUACAAUGUAAAUGAUGACAAAUCUAAAGACAAAGACAAAAAGGCAGAAGGAGCGAAUGGAGAGGAAGAAGGAGCACCCAAAGCUAAUGAGGAGAACCAAUCUGCUGUAGAGAAUGCAGAGGCAAAGGAAACAAAAGAUGAGAAGAAUGAUAAGGAUUCUCAACCUGCAGAGAACAAAACAGAAGUCAAGGAAGGAGAGAAUGAUGCACCAAAUAAAGAUACAGUGCAAAAAACGGAGGGUGAGAAGACCGAGGCUUCCUCUGAUGCUAAGGUGGAACCUCAGAACACUGAGCCACCCGUCUCUAAACAAGAGGAGCAGUCCGCUGCAGCUCCUGCUCCAGCUGCCAGCAGCGAAGCGCCAAAAGCCUCUGAGCCCAGUACUGAGGCAAAGGUAUCCCAGCCUUCAGAAGCACCAGCAGCAAAUAAAGUAGACGACAAGAGCAAAGAGGAUGGGGAAGCCAAAAAGACUGAGGCUCCCUCAGCCCCAGAAGCCAAAAGUGAGGCCGCCCCAGCUUCAGACUCAAAACCUAGCAGUGAGGCUGCUCCAUCUUCCGUGAAGUCUCCAGAAACCGAAGCACCUAGUUCUACUACCAAGGCCUCUGAGCCUGCAGGACCAGCUGAUGAAGUUAAAGCACCUGAGGCCGCAGCAGCUAAUUCUGAUCAAACCGUAGCAGUUCAAGAGUAAAAUGGACAGCCUGUUUGAAAUAACCACUUAAAACAACCUGCAAUGAUGUUUUCUUCUUUGUUUUUGAUUAUUUGUUUUUUUCAGCUAUACUAACAAACUUGAUUUUAGAUCUGAAAUAAGUACAUGUAAUGCCCAGAUGGGAUAUAAAAAAAAAAAUCCAAAUAGUAUUUUUGUGGGAAAAAAUGUACAAAAACAAAAUACACAUUCCACCUACUCUUGUUAAUAAAACAAGUAAAUUAAAGCAAAAAGGUAUGCCAGUUUAGGAUAGUUGUUUGUGAAUCUUUUUACAUCUAAACAGCUGCAAAGUAAAGUAAUUCAGCAUAUUGUUGUUUCUUCUGCAAUAAGAUUGCAGGAGAAAUGUUCUUGAAUUUGCCCAUAGGGCUUGUGCCAAGGCAAUCAAAUCUUUCUAAAACAAGAUUAUUUUUUUUAUUUGCAGUCAAUAGUAUUUUUUUUUUUUUUUUUUUUUUUUUUUUUUAAAUGCAGUGGAUAAUGGCCAAAUUUUUUCCAAAUGAACCCACUCUAGCUGUCUCUUAUUCCUCUCCAGAUAUUUUGGGAGUAAAAGCAUCCUCAUCUUAGUCUACCUAGAUUUCUCAUGAUGAAUUAAUGCAUGUCUGUGGUUGGGUGCACCUGUAGUUCUGUUUAUUGGUCAGUGGAAAUUAUAAUAAUAAAAAAAAAAAAGUCUGCGUUGAUUUGCAGUUCCAGUUUUUCUUCCAUUCUAUGUCACAGACACCAACACAACACUUAUUGGAAAACAAGUAAUAUAAAAAAUAAAAAAAAUAAAAAUACAAAAAAAAAAUUAAGGAAGAUGUAAAAUGGAUGCAUUGAAAAUAUAUGUAAUUGUAUAAAUGGUGCAACAGUAAUAAAAGUAAAAUAAUUAAGACAAAAA